AGCUGGUUAAUUUUUCUGAGUAUGAUACUGAAAAUUGUUGGGUUUUCCUCACUAGUAUCAUAUUGUUUAUGAUUUUCCAUCUUGAGCCUUAUGCUCUCCUUCUCCCAGGAGCCGCUGCCGCCUCCAAUUUUCCUCAACCACGCCGGGGCUCACUGCAACCGUUGUACAACCCGACUGGACACAGCCAUCUUUCUGCGGGCCUGUUGAUAAGUGCUAGAAGAGUCAUAAUCCAAGUGUUGGGGCUUCAUGGGUGUGUGGGGGAGACCAGAUUUGCUUGUAAAUGCAUCACGAAGAGGCAGCCCAGAAUGAAGAAAGCAAGCAGGAGUGCUGGCUCAGUGCCUAGAGUGUCUGGGAUAAGUAAAACACAAACAGUAGAAAAAAUUAAACCUGAAAACAGUUCUUCAGCAUCUACAGGAGGCAAACUUGUAAAACCUGGAACAGCAGCAUCAUUGUCAAAGACCAAGAGCAGUGAUGACCUUUUGGCUGGAAUGGCUGGAGGGGUGACGGUGACUAAUGGUGUCAAAGGAAAGAAAAGCACCUGCCCACCUGCAGCACCUUCAGCAUCUGCCCCUGCCAUGACCACCGUGGAGAACAAAUCCAAGAUUAACACAGGCACAAGUUCAUCAACCAAGCGGAGCACUUCUGCAGGUAAUAAAGACUCCAGUUCUACUAGAGAACGAUUACGUGAACGUACCCGACUAAACCAGAGCAAAAAACUGCCUUCUGCAGGUCAGGGAGCUAAUGACGUGGCAUUGGCUAAACGUUCCCGCAGUCGCACUGCUACGGAGUGUGAUGUUCGGAUGAGCAAGUCGAAAUCGGACAAUCAGAUCAGUGACAAAGCUGCUUUGGAAGCCAAGGUGAAGGAUCUUCUCACACUGGCAAAAACCAAGGACGUGGAAAUUUUACAUUUGCGAAAUGAACUCCGAGACAUGCGUGCGCAGCUGGGCAUCAGUGAGGGUCACUGUGAGGGUGACGAGAAGCCUGAGAAGGAAACCAUUAUUGCUCACCAGCCCACUGAUGUUGAGUCCACCUUGUUGCAGCUGCAGGAGCAGAAUACUGCCAUCCGUGAAGAGCUCAACCAGCUGAAAAAUGAAAACAGAAUGUUAAAGGACAGGUUGAAUGCAUUGGGCUUUUCCCUAGAGCAGAGGUUAGACAACUCUGAAAAACUGUUUGGCUAUCAGUCCCUGAGCCCAGAAAUCGCCCCUGGUAACCAGAGCGACGGGGGAGGAACUCUGACCUCCUCAGUGGAAGGCUCUGCCCCCGGCUCAGUGGAGGAUCUCUUGAGUCAGGAUGAAAACACGCUUAUGGACCAUCAGCACAGUAACUCUAUGGACAAUUUAGACAGCGAGUGCAGUGAGGUUUACCAGCCCCUCACGUCGAGCGACGACGCGCUGGACGCACCGUCAUCUUCAGAGUCGGAAGGCAUCCCCAGUAUAGAGCGCUCCCGGAAGGGGAGCAGCGGGAACGCGAGCGAGGUGUCCGUUGCUUGCUUGACAGAGCGGAUACACCAGAUGGAGGAGAACCAGCACAGCACCAGUGAGGAACUCCAGGCAACUCUGCAAGAGCUAGCUGACCUACAGCAGAUUACUCAGGAGCUGAAUAGUGAGAACGAGAGGCUUGGAGAAGAGAAGGUUAUUCUCAUGGAGUCUUUGUGUCAGCAAAGCGAUAAGUUGGAACACUUUAGCCGACAGAUUGAGUACUUCCGCUCCCUUCUAGAUGAGCAUCACAUUUCUUAUGUCAUAGAUGAAGAUGUAAAAAGUGGACGCUAUAUGGAGCUAGAACAACGCUACAUGGACCUAGCCGAGAAUGCUCGUUUUGAACGAGAGCAGCUUCUUGGUGUCCAGCAGCAUUUAAGCAAUACUUUGAAAAUGGCAGAACAAGAUAACAAAGAAGCUCAAGAAAUGAUAGGAGCACUCAAAGAACGCAGUCACCAUAUGGAGCGAAUCAUUGAGUCUGAGCAGAAGGGGAAAGCAGCCUUGGCAGCCACGCUGGAGGAGUACAAAGCCACAGUGGCCAGUGACCAGAUAGAGAUGAACCGCCUGAAGGCCCAGCUAGAGAACGAGAAGCAGAAAGUGGCGGAGUUGUAUUCUAUCCACAACUCUGGAGACAAAUCUGAUAUUCAGGAUCUCCUGGAGAGUGUCAGGCUGGACAAAGAAAAAGCAGAGACUUUGGCUAGUAGCCUGCAGGAAGAUCUGGCUCAUACCCGAAAUGAUGCCAAUCGAUUGCAGGACACCAUUGCUAAGGUAGAAGAUGAAUACCGAGCCUUCCAAGAAGAAGCUAAGAAACAAAUUGAAGAUUUGAAUAUGACAUUAGAGAAAUUAAGAUCAGAGCUGGAAGAAAAAGAGACAGAAAGGAGUGACAUGAAAGAAACCAUCUUUGAACUUGAAGAUGAAGUAGAACAACAUCGAGCUGUGAAACUUCAUGACAACCUCAUCAUUUCUGAUUUAGAGAAUACAGUUAAAAAACUCCAGGACCAAAAACAUGACAUGGAAAGAGAAAUCAAGACACUACAUCGGAGACUUCGGGAAGAAUCUGCGGAAUGGCGGCAGUUUCAAGCUGAUCUCCAGACUGCAGUAGUCAUUGCAAAUGACAUUAAAUCUGAAGCACAAGAGGAGAUUGGCGAUCUGAAGCGCCGGUUACAUGAAGCUCAAGAAAAAAAUGAGAAACUCACAAAAGAAUUGGAGGAAAUAAAGUCACGCAAGCAAGAAGAGGAGCGAGGCCGGGUAUACAAUUACAUGAAUGCUGUUGAGAGAGAUCUGGCAGCCUUAAGGCAAGGAAUGGGACUGAGCAGAAGGUCCUCAACUUCCUCAGAGCCAACUCCCACUGUCAAAACCCUUAUCAAGUCCUUCGACAGUGCAUCUCAAGUACCAAGUCCUGCUGCAGCUACAAUUCCUCGAACACCUCUGAGUCCAAGUCCUAUGAAAACCCCUCCUGCAGCAGCUGUGUCCCCCAUGCAGAGACAUUCAUUAAGUGGACCAAUCUCAACAUCCAAACCCCUGACAGCCCUGUCAGAUAAGAGACCAAACUAUGGGGAAAUCCCUGUUCAAGAACAUCUGUUACGAACAUCUUCAACCAGCCGACCUGCUUCCCUGCCGAGAGUACCUGCCAUGGAAAGUGCCAAGACCAUCUCAGUAUCUCGACGAAGUAGUGAAGAAAUGAAGCGGGACAUCUCUGCACCGGAGGGCGCAUCUCCGGCCUCUCUCAUGGCUAUGGGAACCACGUCGCCGCAGCUUUCCCUGUCCUCUUCUCCCACAGUGUCCGUGACCCCCACCACCCGAAGCCGGAUAAGGGAAGAAAGAAAGGACCCUCUCUCAGCAUUGGCAAGAGAAUAUGGAGGAUCAAAGAGGAAUGCCUUGCUGAAGUGGUGUCAGAAGAAGACAGAAGGCUAUCAGAACAUUGACAUCACCAACUUCAGCAGCAGCUGGAACGACGGGCUGGCCUUCUGUGCCCUCUUGCACACGUAUCUGCCAGCCCACAUUCCAUAUCAGGAGCUGAACAGCCAAGAUAAGAGGAGGAACUUCACUCUGGCUUUCCAGGCGGCUGAAAGUGUUGGCAUCAAAUCCACACUGGACAUUAAUGAAAUGGUACGGACUGAACGGCCCGACUGGCAAAACGUGAUGCUGUACGUGACAGCGAUCUACAAGUACUUUGAAACCUGAGCGCACGUAGGAGCUGCCCGGCCGCUGGGGGACCCUGCACAGACACCGAGCAACACCGACGCCACUAGCCACGCACCCCACACAGCUUCCCGCGACUCUGGCUGCCCCAGCGUGUGAGCCUCCAGCCUGGGGCCUCCGCUUCGGGAGAACUCGGCCAUGUGGCCUGAGCUCGGGCCAGGGCUCCUCCCACGUGACCUUCCGCUCAGGCUGUGUGCGCUCAGCUCGCCACGCAGGCCGGCUGGCUGCUGGAGCUCCUUCUGAAGCGAGCACUGCCCGGUAUCAGUGCCUGGGGUGCACGAAAGGCUCCUGCAGAACUCGGGAGAAGGGAUUAAAUUGUGUGGGAAACUGACAGCCUUGCUGAAAGCUCUGGCCACGGCGCUGCUCAGCCGUCGGCUGGUGUAGGUUCCAUCGCCGGUGAGGACCAAGGAAGAAAGCCAGUGCCCAGCAGAGGCUGCUGUUUCCCAGCGCUCGUGGCCCUUUACUGGGGCCUGGUUUCGAGGAGCACACACCAGAGAAGUGGAUUGGCCACCCCUCCCACGUGACAGGGCCGUCCUGGCCAGUGCGAUUGAGGCGUUGUCAGCUGGGGCUAAGAGCAUCCAGACAGCACCGCGCAGGCGUUCUGGCGCUCGGGGCUUCCUGCUGCCGAGUUCCCGCGGCUGGGCUGCUCGCGGCAGGACGCGGUUGCAGAGUCCCCUCUGGUGCUCUGCGACCUGCCCUCCAGCCGGGAAGCGGUUGGAGCCCCAGCUCUAGCUUUAGGCUUCUGGACAAAAGAAUUGGUCAUAAGGAAUUCUCCUAGUUAAAAUUUUUGUUUUGUUAUGCACGAUAUUGGGGAAAAAUAGCUGCUGUUCUGUUAGUACCAAAGUUAAAUUGUUUUAUAAGCAUAGAAAUGCAAAAUCUGGACAUUAGUAUGGCAAGAGCAAGAAAUGAAGUAGGGAGUAGCAGGAGAAAAAAGUAAACAACUUUAGGGAGCCCAGACAGCGUUACUUCCGAGUCACUGAGACACGAUCCCCUUAGGCAAGAGUUUAAGAAAGUGCCUUAACUCUCCUUGUAGGGUGGCCGGCUGCCCUCCACGGCCAGGGCAGGGUGGCGUCAGGGUACUGCCCUCCCAGCUUCUAGGUCCACGCUGUUUGAACCAAAGCCUUAUGUAGAGGCGGUCUGUUGACACAACAUUCAGGCUGGCACUUAACAGCCCUUUUUGGGAACAGGGAGCCUCUGUCUCAUGUGUGCCUAACACGGUAGCUGCCGGUUUGAACACUGUCAAGACUGACAAUUUCCGGCGCGCAGCUGUGUUUGGCCCUGCAAAGCACCAUGUGGAAGGCUGGCCAGCAGGGAAGCAGGGCGCUGCACCACGGGCUGGGUGAAAGGAAAGGGGCUCCCAGGAGGCCCACCCAGCCCACCGUGGGCUGGGGUCUUCAUUCAAGCAUGAUGUUCUAGACUAGGAGUUUGACACAUCUGUGCAGCCCAGAAAAGAAUGUGGUUGUUACGACGAGGGCUGGGCCCUGGGUGUGGCUGCCGGCACAGCUAGCCAGUAGCUGCCCACAGCCCUGCCCCCAUGUUAACCUGGCAGCUCGGCUGCUGCCCCUGGCCAGAAGUGCUUUGGUGAAAUGCUUGUUUUUGGCUAAAGGAGAGGUCACGCGAGCAAAGUCAGGCUGCAGAGCACCCUGGAAGACCCCGCAGACAACAGCUCCACAGCGUUGGGCCCUGCCCUCCCCAGCCCCGCUCUAUUUUUGUUCCCACCGCUCUGUUGACACCGUGCUGUCGCCACCAGUGCCUGACUGUGUGAGAGUCAUUUUCAGAUGUCUCUCCACUUAGGUGUCCUAAGUUCUCACUUUUGCUCUCAUUUGCCUUCAAGGAGGCCUGUCCACCUGUCUGGACCCAGGGUGUCUGGUCACACUUUUGUUUAUUUAUUAUGUCCUGGGUGGGGGUGUUUUGUCUUUGAAUGAGAGGACUUUCCUGGGUCUGAGUUCACAACGUUGUCUCUUGCCGGCCUUGGGAGCCCAGCCUUGGCAGCUCAUGCAGUGGGGUGAGGGGUCACUGGAAUCUUCUGGAAGAAGGCGGCCACUGCUGAUGGGCUGUAUCUGCAUGGAUGGCAUUUCCUUUCUGGGACUCCCAUGGGUCCAGCAUCAACAUCAGGCCCUGGGGUCAGUGCCGGGGAAGGACAGUGGCACAGGGAGGCCUGGCUGCGCCCGCUGGAGCCGCCCUCCCCAUGGGGGUUUGCAUUGGUCCUCGGGGUGUGCCGGAAGCAUUACUUUCUGUCUUUUCAAAUAGGACCCUCACGACAGUGGGCUUCCGGAGCGACUGUGGCCGGCUGUGUGCCUGGUGCUGUUGGGAGGGGGCUCCUGCUCCUGCUCCAGGCACCGGGCACGGGGCCUCUUCCCCCUUCAAGCACAAGCUUCUCUGCAAAAGGGCCAGUCAUGUUUCUAUUUCUCGAUCGCAGGCUUCUGCUGACUGACCAUACUUUGUAAUUUUGUUCUAGUAAAUAUUAUUGAAUCUAUUAAAAUGGCUAAAACACAA